AUGGAAAAACAGCAAAGCAUCGGAGCUACCUAUAUUUCGCAAAAAUGCCAGUGUAUAGCCUACAUAUUGGCUGGAGAAACGGGAAUGUCGCAUGAAGUGAUAAUGAAGACACAUCUGCAAUCCACCUCCACAAACUGGACUCAUUUUGUUGCUGUGUCAUGGCGGAAUACUAAGCCCACAAAGACUGUAGAAGUGAAUUACUGUGACCACGUUUACGCGGACAAAGCUGGUUACCGGGAGACACGUACUACUUCUAUUGUUCCUGUUGUCCCCUCAAAUGGGUUCAAAAGCCAUUGUGCUCCUUGGCUCACCAAGAGUAUUCUGUGUACUGAUCACGCUUUCCCUCAAUCCGCCGAGGUUACCGUUACUGGUCCCCACCCUCCAAGUACGACCAGAUACUUUAGUGUUUGUCCCAUAGGCCGUCUACUGCUGUCGAUCCAGGUUAUUGUAGACGGCGGUCCUCAGUUUACUCAAAUCCCAGCAGGCGGCCCUCACGCCGUGGAUGGCACCCCCCGGUGA